GGGCGUCUUGGCAACGGGACGAAACACAUCCUCCACAUGUGGUUCUGAUCAGGACCCUCUGACAAGAACCAGAGAGUCAGAAUCCUGCGGGUCAUUUUACACGGCCUGUUCCCAAGAGAGAGCACCGACCGGACGUGAAAAGAUCGUCGUGAUCUUGAUCUUUGGGAGCAGAAGUUAUCUGACAAGACCAGCGGGGUAGAAGGACUCCAGUUGCCGCAGCUGUGUCAAGGAGUAGCCGUAGACUUGGCCGUGUCGUCUGGACAGCAGUACAGGACCGGGUCAUAAUUUGUUGGGUCUUUCUCGGAACUCUAGUACUUCGAUCGUGUGUAGAAAAUCGUCGUGAUCAGCCAUGGAAUGGUUCCAAGUUACCAUCAGCAAGACCGUCAUACUUCUACUCAUUAUCACAGCUUGUUUAUUGAACAAAACUGAGGCAAGAAAGCACAAGAGAAGAUGGCGCCGCAAGCCGCUGGUGCUAGUGAAGAUAAACAUGGUGUUAGAACCUGAGCAGGUGGUAGUCGUGCAGGAGAUGAUGAAGAACGGAACAUCUCCGUAUAACGACACUCUGCAGUACGACUACAACUACGACUACGAUCUGGACAAUGACACCAGCGAAGGCGACUUCCCAAGGCUAGGAUCGGAACCGGCCUUCAAAAGACCCAAACGGAAAGCCAUCCGGGACCUCAGGCUAAGGUGGCCGGGCGGAACCAUUCCGUACAUCAUGGGGGACAGCCUCACACACAACGACCGCUUGUACAUCGACCAGGCCAUGGCGAAGUGGCAUGAACACAGCUGUGUGAGGUUCAAACCUUACUCCCGCAAAAUGGCGAGCUACCUCGGUCACCACGAUCACAUCAUCUUUUACAAAGGGAUCGGGUGUCUGUCAGAUGUGGGAAGACUGCUGGAGAGAGACCAGCAAGUCGUGUCGAUCAACGACGCAUGUCUGUUCGCCACGUCAAACCCGGUUGGAGUAAUUAUGCACGAACUGGGUCACGUGCUGGGUUUGUACCACGAACACAGUCGCCCUGAUAGAGACGAGUUUGUGGACAUUUUGGUCAACAACGUCCGGCCAGGAGAGGAAUACAACUUCCAGAAGAUGUCCUCUAGCGACAUUAACCUGUACAACAUCCCUUACGACUAUAUGUCGAUCAUGCAUUACUACAACUCGGAGUGGACAGUGAGGGCUGACCUUCAGACCAUCGUGACCAAGGACACCAAGUACCAGUACUCCAUCGGCCACAAACAUGCGCUGAGUUUCUACGACAUCAAGACCGUCAACCUUCUGUACGGAUGUGGUGAUAAGUGCCGUAAGAUGGACUGUCCCGAGGAAGCGUUUGUCGCCCACAACUGCUCCUGUAUGUGUAACGACAUCAACGACUACUCAGCCAUCUUCUCCUGUCCAGAGAGAACACUCAAGGAAGUCCACCUGUCGCGGAGACAAGCCCGGGCGUGUUACCACGGACACGGGUCUGACUACCGCGGGACGCUGGCCGUGACGGAGGCCGGGGAACCCUGUCUCAAGUGGAGCGAGGCUACAUACAGGCAGUUCAACACUUAUAACUAUCCUGUUGGCUAUCACGGCCUGGGUGACCACAACUACUGCCGGAACCCUGCGGGCCGGAUCCUGAAGAAGCCGUGGUGUUACGUCAACUCACACAACAGCUGGGGGUACUGUAACGUCCUGGAGUGCAGAGAAGUGUACAGCCCGGUGCAGCCCACCAUUCCCGCGAGACCUCCGACACCGAAGCCCUCGCAGUGCAAGUCCACGGAGUUCAAAUGUGCCGACGGGAACUGCAUCCCAACCGCCUACCGCUGUGACAGGGACAACGACUGUACCGACAACUCAGACGAGCUGGGCUGUGUCUACGAUACCUGCCCUCCACUGAAUAUUCAAGCAGACGUCAUGAUUUCCAACUGUGAGAGCGGGAAGCCGCAGCUUCGCGGGAAGCUGUGCCGAGUUCUGUGCUUGGUGAGUUCCGGACCGGGAGAGACCAUCAUCUCAACUACCUGUCAGAGCAACGGGAAAUGGUCUGAUCCGAAAGGGAAGCUUGCGUGUGAACUGCCAGACAACCCAGUGAUUCCUGCCACCAGACCCAAACAGUCUCUCACUACACCCGCGCCAAAAAAUCCCGCUGUAACUACGCAAAAACCGUCUCACACGACCAAGAUGCCCGCGACAACACCUUCAGCGACCACGAAACCACCACCAAAGACCUGCCAAGAUCUGGUCUUACCCGGUGAAGUUACUGCUUCGUGCGAUGGCGACAAGAACGAGAUUGGGGCCGUCUGUCUCUUGAAGUGUUCUACCGGCGAGGGACAGUCGACCACCAAGUGCCUGCCGGACGGAUCGUGGUCUAUACCGAAGGAGAACCUUGACUGCCCGAGGCUGUCAACGCCAGUUAUUCCAACGACAACUAAAAUGUUAGUCAACACGAAGGAGCCAGAAGAAACGUGUUCUCCAUUCUUCGUCCCGGCAACUGUGCUGACCAAGUGUUUUGGCGAACAGCCUGUCGGGAAGACCUGCGUUCUGACAUGCGCAUCAGGUGGAACCGGGACCGCCAUUACAAAAUGUCUGCCCGGAGGAUCAUGGUCUACCCCAACUGGCAAUCUGAAGUGUUCUGGAGUACAUGUAGAAACCACACAGAAGCCUACUGUCAAACCAGCACAAAAGCAGCCCACAGAGAAACCAACGGACAAACCAACUCAAGAACCCACAGUCAAGCCUACACAAAAACCCACAGCAACCCCAACCCAGAAACCAACGGUCAAACCAACACAAAAGCCCAUACUAAUAGCGAAUCCAGGAACGCCAAAACCCACUCCACAGCCUACCCAGAAGCCUCUGCCCCCAGGAGACUGUUACUCGGGUGACGGUUCAACGUACCGCGGAUUCAAAUCCACCACUACUAAUGGAAGAUCGUGUUUGAAAUGGAGCGAAGCAAGAUACCAAUAUUACAACACUUUGAGAUUCACAGCUGGGCAGUACGGGCUUGGCGACCAUAACUACUGCAGAAACCCGGCAGGUGUGGAGACCGAGCCGUGGUGUUACUACAUCAACCCUGCCACGCGGCGUGUCGCCUGGAGCCACUGCGGGGCACAGGAGUGUGGAGGAGAAAGAAUCACCACGUCGUGCGCAGUGCGGGGCAGUACCGGGUACCGCGGCACACAGGACGUCACCAUGCGGGGGGACAGGUGCCUGGACUGGAGUACCACCACCAACCGCCAGUUCAACACCCAGACCUACCCGAACGGGGAGGGGGGCAUCGGGAACCACAACUACUGCCGUAACCCCGUGGGGGACCCGUCUCCCUGGUGUUACAUCCAGGAAAAACCCAACGGACUGUACUGGGACUACUGUAGCGUUCCGUCAUGUUGACGGCAACGUAUGAGGGAAUUUUUACUUUAAAGGCGUCCAAUGCAAUUUCAAGGUGGCAAAAGAAAAAUAUUCCGGAUGAGAAAAUUUGUCUGAUAUUGACAUUUACUGCCAUUUCUUGGCACAUUUUGGCCAUCAUUUGACGCUUGAAGCAUUUGAAAUAGCCCCAAAACAUGGUACAUGAGGCGUCUCAUAAUAUUCAGGUACAUUAUGGGUACCACCCAUAAAUAGUUAGAACAAGCCUAAGAUACAAAACAAGCAACUUUUUGCCUCACAGAUGUCUGUAUGGUUUGGGAUAGGUUUGGUUCAACUUACUACAUUAAAAGAAUUACCAGAAAAUUGAAGAUCCAGUUAUGACACCAUGAAAUUGCUUUGGAUGCUUACUUUAAGAAUUUGUAACAAUCACCACAUCAUAAUAACCUUGAACUUCGUUGAAGGGCAAUUUACUUUUCUUGAAUUUCUCCAUCUUUUACCAUGUCUCCGUGAGAUUGUUGAAUGAUAAGAUUUUUUUAUGUUGACAUUUAGUGCUCUAAACGCUUAUAAAUAUCUGCGAUUUCGUCAGUUGUUUAGAGCAAAAUGUAUGUGCUUUUUUUUCUCUGGGGCCAUGGAAAUAUAUGUGUGUAAACUAGGGGUCGAUGAGUGUUUAAACUCAAAAAGGAGGGGUUAUAUACGUAGAUCUGUCAAUAGCACGUAGAAUUCUUCUUUUAUUUAGGCGUAGAAAUAGACAUAGCACGACAGUUAACAGUACACUGUACACCAUAUGUAAAAAGCAUACACAUUUCCCAUGAAUUUAUAGAACUUGAGAUUUGAUUAUUGAAUUGUUGCACCAAUAUUGUACGUAAUCACACACGAUAUAUAUAUAUAGCCUUGAGCAACUGUCUUUAGAACAACUGACAAACCUACCAUUUAACGUUCAAAGUGAAAAGACCGAUCCCGAAUGUCCAUCACAAUUAGAAGUUCAACCAAUGAG